AUGAAUAUACAUCAAUCAGUGAUAUUUCCAGGAGAACAAGUGCAUUUUAAUGAAUCAGAUGAAACACAGUUGCGUAUUGGGCGUGGUUUAACAUAUUUUUGUACUUUACGCACACUACGUGCUACACAAAUGGGCAGACUUAUACAGUCAGGAAAAAAGACAUUUUACAUUGAUUAUGAUUGCCGAAAAUAUACUCCUGUAAUAGGGGACUCUGUCAUAGGACAAGUCAUGGUUAAGCACGCAGAAGGAUAUAAAGUAGAUUUAUGUGGGACAAGAUUAGGACAACUUGGAGCAUUAGCAUUUGAAAAUGUAACAAGAAAAAGCCGUCCAAAUCUCCAAGUGGGAGCACUGAUAUACGCACGAGUAAUAUAUGCAGAUAAAGAAAUAGAGCCAGAAAUUGAAUGUACAGAUGGAACAGACGAAAAAUCAUCUAUUUUUGGAGAGUUAAAAGGGGGGUUUCUUAUUCAUGGAUUAUCAAGGAGUUUAUGUCAAAAAAUUCUGGACAAAAAUCAUCCUCUUUUAUCAACAUUAGGUGCAUCAAUACCGUUUGAAGUAGCUGUGGGAUCAAAUGGAAGAAUAUGGAUACAUAGUAAACAUGUUGGUAUUACUAUUGCGUUAGUACAAGCAAUUAAAAAAAGUGAAUCAUUAAAUGACAAUGAUAUUAUCAAAAUAUGCCGGGAAACAAUCAAAGAGGUACAAAAAUGGUUAUAA